UUAGUGACGCACAACUGUAGAAACAAUGUUAUGAAAGAAUUAAUAUCAGCUAUUACAUAAAGGAAAAGGGAUUACUGCAAAGGCAUGCUUAAACUGUUCACCUACCCUGCCCUGCUAGGCUCUGGGAACUUGCAUGUCAGUGUGUGUGAAUGUGUGUGUGAUGUGUGAGUGUGUGUGUCCAAGCAGUGCAGAUUAGCAGAGAGAUUAGCGUUCUCUCAGUGUGUGGACGGCUUGAUGGAAUGUUCUGGAAAGCCUUUCAGCUGCAGGAAACUGGAGAGAAGACAGAAUCCUGAAGUUCUGACUUUCGUCAUUUGAGCUGAACAGAAGGAACCAAACUAAAACCAACUUCAGGAGUUGCUACAGUCAGUAGUGUCAGUGCUGGAUCCAGGCAGAGAUAACGCAGUGGGAUAACGGAUCAUGCUCCUCCCCUGUGGACGCCCAGGCGUUUGGCCACAUCACAAGUGGUAUCAUAUCAGCUAAAUCAAACCCAGAAAUAAUCUGUUUUAUUUUACAGUGAAACAGAGGCUUGGUCAGACUCCACUGAAAGCAACACUUCAACCUCACUGAUCAAAUGGCAGAGGAAUACGAACAGGCAGAAUUUAUCAAAGAUCGGCUGUACUUUGCUACUCUUCGUGUCAAACCAAAGAACACUGCUAACACACACUUCUUCAGCACUGAUGAAGAGUUCAUCUAUGAAAGUUUCUAUGCAGACUUUGGGCCCCUGAAUCUCGCAAUGCUCUACAAAUACUGCUGUAAACUCAACAAGAAGCUCAAGUCCUUCACAAUGUCUAGAAAGAAACUGGUUCACUUCACCAGCUAUGACCAAAAGAAGAGAGCCAACGCUGCUUUCCUCAUUGCUGCCUACUCUGUUAUCUAUUUGAAAAGGAGUCCAGAUGAAGCCUACAGAACUCUGAUCUCAGGAAAUAAUACUCCCUACCUGCCAUUCAGGGACGCGGCGGUGGCAGACAGCACCUUCCACCUCGCUGUCCUGGACUGCUUACAGGGAGUACAUAAGGCAUUGCAGCACUGCUUUCUGGAUUUUGAAACUUUUAGUUUUGAGGAAUAUGAACACUACGAGCGAGUUGAAAAUGGAGACAUGAACUGGAUCAUCCCAGGAAAAAUUCUGGCUUUCAGCAGCCCUCAUGCUCGAAACAGGGUGGAGAACGGUUAUCCUCUCCAUGGACCUGAGGCGUACUUUGAAUUCUUCAGCCAAAACAACGUGACUGAUGUGGUCCGCCUGAACAAGAAAUUGUAUGAGAGCCGACGGUUUGAGGAUGCAGGAUUUGAACACCAUGAUUUCUUCUUCAUGGACGGCUCAACACCCUCGGACCUGAUCGUUAGGCGCUUCCUGCAUGUGUGUGAGAGCGCAGAGGGAGCUGUGGCUGUGCACUGUAAAGCUGGUUUGGGCCGUACAGGCACCCUGAUCGCCUGCUAUCUGAUGAAGCACUUCAGGUUCACAGCAGCUGAGGCUAUUGCUUGGAUCAGGAUCUGCCGACCCGGGUCAAUCAUUGGUCCCCAGCAGAACUUCUUAGAAGAGAAACAGCACAGCUUGUGGGUUCAGGGAGACGUGCAUCGCUCCAAACAGAAGCUUGCCCAGCAGAGGUUCAAUCGACAGCAGCAGUACCAUCUGCCUGGUUCUGACCCGGUACCGCUGGGCAAACAAGAAGCAAUGCCUCAUCUGGUUACAAGCAUGAAUGAUCUGUCAAUCAAAACCACUCUGUGCAAAUCCCACAGUUUGGAUGAAAGCAACUGUAAGGAAACCAGUCUGACCCAGGGAGACAAUCUGAGAGCAGUGAAGGGAAAACGGACACCAAGAUCAGCUUCCUCCUCUUCCAGGUCAAAUACGUCAAAGGCGUCCCACUGUUCCAUCCUCCCUCCCCCCAAGUCACCUAAAAUCAGCCUAUUCCUUCCUCCAUCCUCUUCUAAGAAGCUUAGAAGAAGCUCUUCCACUGUCACACAGAUCAAGAGCCCUUUCAGCCUCAGUCUAAUCAGCACCAGGCCUGCACUGAUUCACUGAACUCAGCUGGGAGAACAAGGUUACGGAUCUGACAGUGAGCAGAUCGCAAAAAUGGAUCAGCCCGAGGCUGGGAAGGCCUGAAACAUUGUGUUCAUGAAGCUGUUGAACUGUGCUUCAUUGAUUUGAUGAACAAAUCAACUGUUCAUGAUAUUUUCCCUUUAUCACGCAUGAACAACCCGUGGCGGUUGUCUGUGACGCAGACAGGGCUUGUCUGAAUAUUAACCUAGCAACUUUUGAACUGCUGAUGUCGAAAACAGACCUUUUAGAGAUGAACUGACAGAAGUUUUCAAGUGAGGCACAAAGAACAUGUUUUGUGGCACAAACACAAUACCUUGAAGACACCGCUCUGUACGGUGCUGUCAUCCAGACUUUGACUACACCCAUGGUCGUCUGCUAGAGGCAAACCAGCUGAAUGUUACCACAAUGCUGCCACCUGCUGGACAAAGACAGUGACCGAUGUUCUGCUGGGAACCUUUUGUUUCUUUUAGGCUUAUUUUUGAUGGUGAUUUUUCUUUUUUAUGUAGGAUGAUGCUAAAACACUUGUUAGAAUGUCUCAUUGAGAAAACAGUGGAGAAAAUAGCAAAAGUAAUAAUCCCAACAAUAUAGACAGUUUUGUUUCUUUAACCAUUAAUUGGAAUUUAUUUUGGCAACAAUAAAUCAAAAUCCUUAUAAGAAAUUUAUCACAAUAAAUACAAUAUGACAAUACGAUAAAUGCCCUCCUCUAACUGGAAGUAAAUCUAAUAUUUAAAAUUUAAAAACAUAUGGAGAAAAUAACUCUGUGUUGUAUCCUGUACUGUGAUGACCAAUUUAAUUAAAAUUAACAGGCUUAGAGUAUAAUGAUAAAUUCAUAUGGAUUUGCUUUCAAUGUUAAAAAAAAAUACAAUGAAGAAACAUAAAACAACUUUAUUAUUUGAGGCUUCAUAUAAAUGAAACAUGUUAGUUCAGAACAUACAACAUGAAUUGACAUCAAACAUUAAGUAACAUGACACUCCUGAUUAGAAGAAACACACAUUUUAUUCAACGAAACAAAACACCAAUACUUUCCAUCAUCAUAAAUGUCUGGGGGGAUUUUUACCCCAAAACAUUUUUAAGUAUUUAAUGAAUUCUUUUUUUUGUUUGUUGCUAAUCUCUAAUCUUGUUAUGCAAAUGAUAUUUUUAUUUCAGAACUGUUACGAUGAUGGCGAGCUUGAUCAGAGGUCAAUGACCUUUGAUGGAGUUUACAGAACGUAUUAUUUAAACAGUAGUUUUUCUCUUAAAUGAUCUUCUUCAUGUAUGCUUUGUUUCUUACAGUUGCAGAGUUUUGAUCCUUAAAUGAAGAAUAAAGGCUGACAUAAUGUGA